CCAUUACUGCCGGCCGUCCCCAGAAUCGUCACAAGAGCUGGGCCAAAAUGCAGGGGAGCUGCUGACGGGCUGCGUCACCAUAUCUCCCUUUGCCAGGUCGGUGCUUGUUGAUUUCAUGAGACGACACCGCCCUUUUCCGGCGGUCCAGAGACAUCUCGAGACGGCCACAGGAGUACAAGUAAGCUCAUCACCCUCCGACUGCCACUUCACCUCCGACUGCAAACCAGGCGACUCGCGUAAAUCUCGAAUACGACUCGACACAACCCCAAACACCACAACCAAGCAUUGAACAUGAAGAUCACCGCUCUCAUCAUGGCCGUCUUCGUCGCCCUCGGCGCCGCCGCGGUAGGCUACAUUGUGCCUCCCUCACCUCCUUCCGCUCCCGUCGCUAACGUGAGGUCGUCGCAGUGCGACAACAACUACUGCAACACGGUCAUCUGCGCCGGCCAUGGUGGCAGCUGGUAAGACACCUCUUCCGUCUCAAGUUCCACCACGGCACCUGUGCUGACGUUCUCCUCUUGUGCAGCGGCGGCGACGACCCGAAUUCAUGCUACUGCAAUGCUUAAGUGCACCGUCACUGGCACGGCCUGGUGUUCCCGAAAGCAUGACACCCUCAAUCAACGACGCCGACGCAUCAAUGCUUUCUGCUUGCAGUCCUUGGCCUCUGAAGAAAAGGACACCACACUCGUUUGAAGAAGAGACAAAGAGGAGGGCGUCGUCACAUGCGAUGGCGCUGGUGGCGACCUGGGAGCUUUUUACGUCAGCUCAAGCACAAAUACCAAUGUCAUC